AUGGCAGCUUAUGCAGCUCUAGUCUCUCUAAUGAAUCUCACGGAUCAGAUCCACAAUCAUCCUCUUCAUUCCUUUUCUUUUGAUGACAAACUGAUCCAAUCUCUUUUCCAAAAUGUCAGUUUCCUCCUGGAUUUCAUCGAGAGUUCUCAUCAAGAUGCCAAACACGCAGAAGAAUUGGAUUUGGAGAGCCAAAUUACAGCUGCAGUUCAUGCGGCUGAAGAUUUAAUCGAAUCUCAACUAGUAGAUCAGAUUCUAGCUGGAUCCACUAUUAAUCAAGACCCAAAAAGUUUCAGGUUCUUGCUCGAUCUGCAGACAAGCAUUAAGAAGAAGAUUAUGAAAACAAUCAACACAAAACCCUUUGAUAAAAGCCUGCAGAAAAUUAUUCAAAAAAUGGACUCCAUCAAAAAAAAGGUUGUGAAAGUAAAAGGCGGAAGAAGAUUUAAAGAUGAGCAGCCCAAAUAUUCCAUUCCUGCUGAUUCAUUUCUCACCAGAAAAACUACCAUGAUGGGAUUUGAUGACUACUUGAUUCAACUCAUGGAUGUGCUUACUGGACAGCAAUGCAGCCGCCAAAUCAUCUCAAUUGUAGGUAUGGGCGGCAUUGGUAAGACUACUUUAGCCACAAAUGUUUAUGAACAUCCUCUCAUUACUCAACAUUUUGACUUUCGUGCUUGGGCUACCAUUUCUCAACAAUAUGAUGUCGUACAAAUUCUAAAACAAAUUCUUUCUUCCAAAGAGGAAAGCAGUAGUAGAACAACUGUUGAUCAAUUAGGUGAUAAAUUAUACAAGAAGUUGUUGUGCAAUAGAUAUUUGAUUGUUCUAGAUGAUAUGUGGAGUACUGAAGUCUGGGAUGAGAUUAAAGUUUUCUUUCCGGAUAAUGGGAGUAGGAGUCGUGUUGUUAUAACGACUAGGCUAUCAAACUUGGGUUGCGGUUUCCCUUUUGUGAUUGAUUUGUUGGAUGAGGAUAGAAGUUGGAAGCUAUUCUGUCAAAAUGCAUUUGGAGAAGAUGUUGAUUGUCCUUUUGAGUUGGAGAAAGCUGGAAAGGAGAUUGCUCAACAAUGUAGAGGACUUCCUCUAUCAAUUGUGGUGAUUGGAGGCCAUCUUAGGAAAUCAGCUAGGAUGGAGGAUUAUUGGGAGUUCGUUGCUGAUAAUAUGAACUCGAUCUUGACUAGUGCAGAGGAUGAACAAUGCUUGAAUAUAUUACAUUUGAGUUAUUCACACUUGCCUGUUUAUCUGAAACCAUGUUUUCUGUAUAUGGGGAUGUUCCCGGAAGACGAAGUUAUAGAUGCUUCAACACUUGUUAAACUUUGGGUUGCGGAGGGAUUCCUUAAACCAAAUAAGGAACAAAGAUUGGAAGAAAUUGCGGAGGCUCACUUAAAGGACUUGGUGGACAGGAAUCUCAUUUCAGUUCAAAGAUGGAAAAGAAAUGGAAAAAUCAAAUCUUGCAACAUUCAUGAUCUGUUAAGAGAGCUCUGCUUAAGGAUGGCUGAAAAGGAGAAGUUCCUUUGUGUCUUGAAACUUAGGCCGAUGCCUCUUGAAGGAGAGCGUCGCCUCGCGAUUGAAGGAGAAUUCAGAGGUGAUUAUUUUCACUAUGAAGUGUUUUAUGCUCUGAAAUCAGCAAAUCUCGUCCGUGCUGUGAUGUGCAAACCUGGACUGCUUCCCUUUCACUUCAAAUUGUUGAAAAUACUAAAAAUGGGUCGUGAAGAAGUUGUUAGGUUGGAUGUAGAUUGUCUGAAAGCCAAGUUUGAGCAAGUUAACCUGCGGUACCUCUCGCGUGAACUGAAUUUGAUGACGGAUAUAGAUGACUACAUGCGUCGUGAUCCUCUACCGCCUCUGUGUCUGGGUCCCUCAAUAAUAAAGCUCUGGACUUUGCAAACACUGAUUAUAAAAGGUCACCUCGUAAAGAUCAUUGCACCCUCUGAAAUUUGGGAGAUGCUGCAGCUUAGGCAUAUUGAGUUGGAGCUGGUUUGUCUUCCCGAUCCUCCUGUGAGUCGCAGCCGAGAUGAUGCAGUUGUUUUAUCAAACCUGCAAACACUUUCCAAAGUGGAGAAUUUCAAGACAAGUGAAGAGGUAUGUAAGAGGAUGCCUAAUAUAAGUAAGUUGGUAAUAAGUUAUAAUAGAGAGGCGUUUAGCUCAGAGUGUUUUCAGCACAAUAUUGGCUGCUUCAAUCAAUUGGAUUCGCUCGAUUGCCUUUUCAAGUGGAGGCAAGAUUGGCGUGAUUUUGCGUUAAUCCUCAGCUACCCGAGCUCACUCAGGAAGUUGUCCUUGAGGAACUCCUGCCUGCGUUGGGGAGAUUUGACAACCAUUGGUUCGUUGCCGAAUCUUGAAGUCCUCAAACUGACUGGUGGUCAUAUGGUCGGAGAAGCUGAGUGGACUCCGGAUGAAGGGAUGUUUGCCCGACUGAAAUACCUGCAGAUCAAAUACUAUGAUUUGAUAGAGUGGGAUGCACACAGCUCUCAUUUUCCAGUUUUGGAAAGUCUUGUUGUGAUAGGCUUAUCGAAAUUGUGUGAAAUCCCUUCAGGCAUUGGAGAAAUACCAACACUUAGAUAUAUAUAUCUGAAAUAUUGUAGCUUGCCGGCCGCCAUUUCAGCAGUGAGAAUAAUAGAGGAGCAAGAGGAGUAUGGGAAUGAAGAGCUUCGAGUUGAAGUUGAGUUUUGGGAGCAGAAGGAGAGCGAGAUGUUCAGGGAAAUGAUGAAAGAAGAGGGAUUAACCACCAAUAAUUUUCAUCUUAUAACUUAA